CUCCAAAGCCUGGAUACUAUUUUCCUGCUAAGCAGUAGUAGUAGUGGUUGUGUGUCGGUCUGACCCUCCCGGUUCCGGAGAUAUAAGAAUCCAGCCAAAGGUCAUCUUAAUCCCUGCUGCUGGUUGCUUCCCUCCGGCUCUCCCAUAUUCCUCCCAUCAUCGUCACGGAGUGGCUUCUCCUCCUCUUUCCUCCCUUUAAAAUCUAUGCUUGGCAGUAGUGCUUCGCUCUCAUGCCAGACGUGCCCUCUCCCUUUCGAUGCAUUCUUCGCCUCUAUUGCAGCCUUUCUUGUCCGCAAGUGAUUCUUUGCUGCUGUUUGCUCUUUGCCGUUUCUGCUGCUGCUGCUGCUGCCGCUGUUACUGCCAACGAAUUACUACAUACUCCUCCGCUUACUCGAUCAGCAUCUCCCCUUCUCGAUUGGUUGUUCUUGACAUCGUGCUAAAUUGUUAGGUGAGCCGCAGCAGGCAUCUUCUUGUACUUCCGCUUGCCUUGCCAAGGUCGCUGCCAAAGCAUUCAAGAGUUUCUCAUGCUCUUUCUCCUCUUCGCGUCGUAUACACCUGCAAGCGGAGACCACCAUGAUCACGAUGAGUGCUCGUCGAAAUCCAGAAUUAUUCAAAGUGAGCUGUGAUAUGGGGUAGCACAGUACCGGUUGCAGUAGUUAGCAGAAGCUGUCAAAAAUUCUCUGAAAUUGCGUCCCAGUAUAUCUUCCAUUGCAGCAACCACGAACAGCAUUUUCCCAAAGGGAGUAUGAGCAGCGGCGACGCCUCUUACUAAGGUUGGAUCCCACUGCUGUCUGUGAUUGCGAUACUAAUCCUUCAGCAGGAAGAAAAACGUGAGAACAGCCUUUAUCAUAAUUCUCAAGACUCUUACGCUGCUUCAAGCACGAUGCCAGGCCUGGGUUAUCGGCUCUUCGGAGUAGUCAACGGCAUGUUCUCGGAGCAGCAGCUGUUUCGGGAGUCUCUGAGCUAUGACAGAGGCUUUUGUUGAUGGAAAAGCUGAGUAAGAGAGGCCGAGCAUGAACAGAAGAAAGCAGGACCACUCUGUUCCAGAUUUGUCACUCCAGAUCAGCCCCCCGUCGACAGGCAAGAGCACUCCCAUGGCGACUUAUCAAAAGAACUACCAGGAAUUCGAUCUCUGGAGUCGGGCUCAGCACAACUCAAGCAGCUCAGUCAGUGACAACUCCUCCAAUUCCACUUGUGGGAGUGAGAGGUGGUGCAGGGAAGCAGCCGCUGCACCUCCAUCCACGGAGCUCUCGCUAGGAGCAAACCCCUUGUUUCGAGCGACUCCUCCCUCUCCUUCUUUCAAGAGCAGCAUAAGAUCAAGCUCGGAAUCAUAUGCAGCAGCUUUGGAGGCGUCUAGACCAGGAUUCGCUGUAUACAGCAGCAGCUCGUCACACAUUCCAGCAGCGCAAUCAUUUCAGAACUUAAGAAUUGCAAAUGAGGAUGCUCACUGCAGAUCCGCGGAUGCGUCCACCAGGAACAGCUUCCAUGCUUUCUACUCACACGCAUUCGGGUAUGGUGAUCAAUCGGGGGGAGCAGGCCAAGCAGGACAUGGGCUUGUUGCAACUUACAGCAACGCCGCUGGCGGUCUACAGCAGCAGCAGCAGCAGCAGCAGCAACAUCAGGCAUACAGCUCGUUCCACAGACUUCACAAUCGAGAAGGACUUCCCAACAUCUUGUCAGCAGUAAACAGCACGUCAUACGACUCAAGGGACUACCAUCAGCGAAGAUAUACACCAAGCCUUCAGGAAAUCUUGCAAGGGAGGAGCCCGCAAGGCCAAGGUCGGUACAUGGAACUAGCUGAGAAUGCAGGCAUCACAUUGUCGACCCUAACAAGGAGCAUUGCACAGCAACACGAAGCUCACACAGGUAGCAGCAAUCUCAGGUCGCAGUUUAUGCCUCGCUUACCCACCAAGAGAAGCAUGCGUGCUCGGAGAAUGCGAUGGACAAGUACACUCCACGCUCACUUUGUACAUGCAGUGGAGCUCCUCGGAGGACACGAAAGGGCAACACCAAAGUCUGUGCUGGAGCUUAUGAACGUCAAGGAUCUCACUUUAGCCCAUGUCAAGAGCCAUCUCCAGAUGUACAGGACGAUCAAAACAACGGACAAAGCAAGCAGCAGCUCAGGCGCUACGAAUGACGCGACCUCAGGAAGCCUGGAAUCGUUGAACGCAAGAAAAUCCAGCGAGCAAGUAGCGUGGCAUGAUCCAGAAAGGUCGAAAACACGAAUGGAAGAGGGGCGAUCAUCGGGCUGGGAGGCUUGCGAUCACGAGGAACACGAGGAGGAGGACGAAGACUUACCAGGGAAGAAGAAGCAAUCGAAGCCGCCAUGCCCGGAGCUCAGCCUGGGACGAUCGAGCUGGGACGAUCCACCGCCAUCGCCGCCAUCCUCCGAGGGCGAGGAGCUUAUGUUACUAAAAUGCUAAUCCUAAAGGAGGGCCGUUAAAGUUUUGCAAGGCGGUUAAAAACUUCGCUUGUAUGUUUCUUCCAAUUUUGAAAGAGCCGGAAGAAACAAACAAGAUGGAAGCUCACACUCAAGAAAAAAAGUUAUGAAGUAAAAAAGUUCUUCGAGAGGAAAAAAAAAAA